UCUGACUUACACACUCACACACAUUCUCACACACUCUCACACACUGACACUGACACACACACACACACAUACUCUGAGCAGCAGGAGCCACAGACGCUGGUCGAGUCUUCAGAUCUCCACCGUUGGAGAAGAUGAUGGUCCUGGUGAUAGCAGCAGCUCUGGCUGUGUGCAGUGCGGUCACUGCUCAGGUGCCAGAGUUUGCAGAUGUUUGCACAGAGGGCAGCUGUUACCCGGCCACAGGUGACCUGCUGAUCGGCCGAGCUCACAAACUCAGCGUGUCGUCCACCUGCGGCCUCCGGGAGCCCGAGCGUUUCUGCAUCGUCGGACACCUGGAGGAGGACACACAAGCGAAAUGUUUCGUCUGCGACUCGAGGGACGCGUACGACGAGGACAACAACCCAGUGAGCCACACCGUCGAGAACUUGGUCACCACCUUCGCCCACAACCGCCUCAAAACCUGGUGGCAAUCGGAGAACGGUGUGGAGAACGUCACCAUCCAACUGGACCUGGAGGCCGAGUUCCAUUUCACUCAUCUGAUCAUGACCUUUAAGACGUUUCGUCCCGCUGCCAUGGUGAUCGAGCGCUCCAUGGACUUUGGGAAGACUUGGCAGGUUUAUCGCUACUUCGCGUACGACUGCGAGUCGUCGUUCCCGGGCGUGACCCCGGCCCCGAAGGCAAAAGUGGACGACAUCAUCUGCGACACACGCUAUUCUGACAUCGAGCCGUCCACAGAGGGCGAGGUGAUUUUUCGGGUUCUGGACCCGGUCUUUGAGAUCGACGACCCGUACAGCCUCAGGAUACAGAACAUGCUGAAGAUCACUAACCUGCGGGUGAAGUUCCUCAAGCUCCACACACUGGGCGACAACCUGCUGGACUCCCGCGACGAGGUGAAGGACAAGUACUACUACGCGCUCUUCGACAUGGUCGUCCGCGGAAACUGCUUCUGCUACGGCCACGCGUCCGAGUGCGCGCCCAUCGAAGGGGCCCCGACGGGAGCCGAGGGCAUGGUGCACGGCCGCUGCGUGUGCAACCACAACACCGAGGGACUGAACUGCGAACGCUGCCAGGACUUUUACAACGAUUUACCGUGGAGACCGGCAGAGGGACGCAGCUCUCACGCCUGCAAGAAGUGCGAGUGUAACCAUCACUCCGCCACGUGCCACUUCGACAUGGCCGUGUACAAGACGACGGGCAACGUGAGCGGCGGCGUGUGCGACGACUGCCGGCACAACACAGUGGGCCGACAGUGCGAGCAGUGUGCGCCGUUCUUCUACCAGCACCCCGAAAGAGACCUGAGGGACCCCAACGUGUGUGAACCGUGUAACUGUGACCCGACCGGGUCCCUGCAGGGUGGACUGUGUGACUCGAGAACCGACGUGGCACUGGGUCUGAUCUCAGGUCAGUGUCGCUGUAAAGCCCACGUGGAGGGCGAACGCUGUGACCACUGCAGACGAGGACACUACGGGCUGGGGGAGGGACCUGACGGCUGCCUGUCUUGUACGUGUAACCCGCUGGGAACUCUGCCGGGAGGAAACUCCUGCGACUCAAACUCAGGAAGGUGCUUCUGCAAACGCCUCGUGGACGGACACAACUGCGACGAGUGUCUGCCACAGCACUGGGGACUGUCCAAUGUCAUGGACGGCUGCAGACCAUGUGACUGUGACCAGGGCGGGGCUGUAAACAACAACUGUGACCCUCUCUCGGGACAGUGCGUGUGCAGGGACCACAUGUUCGGACGACGCUGCGAUCAGGUCGAGUCCGGCUUCUACUUCAUCGCGCUCGAUCACUACACGUACGAGGCCGAGGACGCCGAGCACGGACCCGGUGUGACGGUGGUGCAGAGGGCUUUUCCACUGGAUCGCAGUCCAACCUGGACCGGUAUGGGUUUCGUGAACGUGCCAGAAGGAGCCUUCUUAGAGUUCUUUAUCAACAACAUCCCAGACUCCAUGGACUAUGACAUCCUGAUCCGCUAUGAACCACAGCUGCCAGAGCAGUGGGAGGAGGUGAACAUCAGAGUCCUGCGUCCCGUCUACGUCCCUCCCAACUACUCCGGCCACUGCAGCAACUCCAUCCAGAGCGGAGACGAGCAGUUCAUCUCACUCUCACCAGGAUCCAGGCAUGUGCUGCUGCCGCGGUCGGUGUGUUUUGAGAAGGGACUGAACUACACGGUGCGUCUCAGUCUGCCCACGUACUCGUCAUACAGCGACGUCCAGAGCCCGUACACACUCAUCGACUCUUUGGUGCUGAUUCCAUACGUCAGGGAGAUGGACAUGUUUGGGAUCGACGGUGACGCAGCGUGGGAAACGUUCCAGCGCUACCGAUGUCUGGAGAACAGCCAGAGCGUCGUCAAGAGCCCCAUGACGGACAUCUGUAACGACUACAUCUUCAGCGUCUCCGCACUGCUGCACGACGGAGCCAUAGCAUGCCAGUGUGACCCUCAAGGUUCACUCAGCACUGUGUGCGAGGCAAGUGGAGGUCAGUGUAAUUGUCGGCCCAACGUUGCUGGCAGGAACUGUGACCACUGUUCCCCGGCGACGUACCACUUCGGCCCCGCCGGCUGCAGGCCUUGCGAGUGUGACCGUCAGGGAUCGGUCAGCACCCUCUGCCACGAGGUGACCGGCCAGUGUGAGUGUGUCCGCGGAGCCAUGGGUCGCCAGUGUUCCCACUGCCUGCCGGGUUUCUGGGGCUUCCCUCACUGCCGACCCUGCCACUGUAACGGUCACAGCGAGUACUGCCACCCUCAGACCGGAGAGUGCCAGGGCUGCAGGGACUUCACCACCGGUCAGCACUGCCAGAGGUGUUUGGAUGGUUACCACGGAGACCCAGAGCUGGGUUCAGGCAGCCACUGUCGCCCCUGUAUGUGCCCCGACGGGCCGGGCAGCGGACGGCAGUUUGCCGACAGCUGUUACCUUCUGUUGCACACGAGCCAGCUGGUGUGCGUGUGCAGCCCCGGCUACAAAGGUGUCAGGUGUGACGAGUGCACCCCGGGUUAUUUCGGGAACCCCCGGGUGCCCGGUGGGCGCUGCAUGCCCUGCCAGUGCCACAACAACAUCGACAUGCAAGACCCGGGGUCCUGCGACGCCCAGACGGGCACCUGUCUCAAAUGCCUGUACCACACUGAUGGCUAUGGGUGCCAGCACUGCAAACUGGGUUACUAUGGCAACGCUGCUACGCAGAGCUGCAGGAAGUGCAUGUGUUACUCAGAGGGAACCGUACCUCGGGCCUGUUCCUCGCCGGACGAGUGUCAGUGCGAUCAGCACACCGGUCAGUGUCCCUGUCAGCCCAACGUGGUCGGUCAGAACUGCGACCGCUGCGCUGCAGACACGUGGAACAUCAGCAGCGCGGCGGGCUGCGAGCGCUGCGACUGCGACCCCGUCCACUCCCUCAGCUCCUCCUGUAACGAGGUCACAGGACAGUGCACGUGCAAACCUGGCUUUGGUGGCAGGACGUGUCGCGAGUGCAGAGAACUGUUCUGGGGGAAUCCUGAGGUCAAAUGUCACGCGUGCGACUGCGAUCCCCGCGGCAUCUCCAGCGAACAGUGCCACCGAGUGACCGGCCACUGCACCUGCAGGGAGGGCGUGUCCGGCCCGCGCUGCGACGCGUGCGCCCGCGGCUACAGCGGCGAGUUCCCCGGCUGCGAGCCGUGCCACCGGUGCUUCGCCAACUGGGACGUGGUGGUCACCGAGCUGACCAACCAGACUCUGCGCUUGGAGGCCAAAGUCUCGGAGCUCCAGACCAGCGGCGUGACCGCGCCGUACAAGGAGUUGAUCGGCAGCCUGAAGAAAAACACGGAGGCCGUGAGGGAGAUCGUGGGGAGUAAUCCUGCCGCGGUGAAGCUGGAAGAGAUCCAGGAGCGGAUGAACCAGAUCAUUGGUCUGAUGUCCUACCUCAACGGGAAGCUGAACACGACCGAGGAGAACCUGGACCUGUUCCACGACGAAGCCAACUCCACCGACGUGAACCUGGACGCGCUCUCGGACGAGGUCCAGCAGCUGGAGCUCGGGGUCCGGGAGCUGAGACAGCAGGUGUCCGACGCCAAGAACGCCAACCUCCAGGGUGCCAUGGACACCAUCUCAGAUGCACACACUCUGUCUCUGACGGCGGAGCUCCGCGCUAACACGUCCACCAGCAGCCCCGGUAACACAGUGGAGCAGUCCGCCGCGGUACGGAAAGCCACGGAGGACAAACUGAGCGGCAGUCAGAAGGAGUUUGACCGUAAACACCAGAGGAACACGCAGAAGGUGAAGAAACUGUCCGAGGACCUGGACGCGUUCGACCUGUCGCCGCUCAGUGAGAAGACGUGUGGAGGUGCAGGUGAUGGCGACAACUGCUCCACCUGCGGCGGGCUGGGUUGCGUCAAAGAGGGCGGAGCUCCUCAGUGCGGAGGAGAAGACUGCAAAGGCCUCGUCACAACCUCCCACACCGCUCUGAAAUCAGCCAAAGAUCUGGACAAGGAGAUCGUAGAAGCGAUGCACGAGGUGGACAAGCUCUCCAGGAUGGUGUGGGACGCCAACGUCCGCGCCAACGAGGCCAAGGCGAACGCGAUGGAGGUGCUGGUCAAGUCCAACAAGAGCAAAGAGCGAGUGGAGCAGAGCAACGAGCAGUUGCGCAACCUCAUCAAAGAGAUACGAGAACUUCUCACCAAUGAGAAGGCCGAUGUCUCGGUGAUCGAGAUGGUGGCCAACGAGGUCAUGGCCCUGGAGAUGCCGACGUCCACGGGGAAGCUGCAGAACCUGACCAAGGAGAUCAAGGAGAAGGUGGGGACGCUGACCAGCGUGGAGGAGAUCCUGAGUCAGAGCUCCAACGACAUUGAGGUGGCGGAGGCGCUGCUGAAGCAGGCCAUGGCUGCCAGUGAACAGGCCACCGACAUGAAGGAGACGGCAGAGGUCGUGAAGGCGGCGCUGGACGAGACCGAGCGCGCUCAGACCAUCGCCAUGGACGCCAUCCAGCUGGCCCAGAACAACACCAAAGGAACACUGGACCUCCUGAUCUCUGUGGAGUCGGAGACGGCGCUGUCGGAGCUGAAGCUCGGAAACACCACAGGUCGCCUGGUUCAGCUGGAGAGGGAAGUCGGACUCCUGCGACAGAACCACCUGGAGGUGAACGGACUGGCAGAGACGGCCGAGUGGACCACGAACCAGGCCCGACUGGACGCAGAGGAGGCUCAGAAGGAGUUUGACGGGGAGGUGAAGGAUAAAUACGAGGAGGUGGAGGACCUGGUGGAGGAUAAAGGAGAGGCGGUGCUGCAGGCGAGGAGGAGAGCAGAUCAGCUGCAUCUGGAGGCCAAAGAGCUGCUAACUCAGAGCAGCGGAAAACUACACAGACUCACAGAGUUGGAGAGCGUCUACGAGCAUAACCAGCGCAUCCUGGAGGCCAAAGCUGCGGAGCUGGCCGAGCUGGAGCAAACUGUCCGCCGAAUGCUGGACGAGAUCAGUCACAAAGUGACUCUGUACAGCACCUGUCUGUGAUCAUGUGACGCCAAGGAACGCUAACGGGACCAAACGCACGCUUUAAAAGACUGUGUGUGAGAAACAGCAGCUUAAAGAGACAGUUCAGGUUUUUUUUUAAAAAGAUGGGGAUACAAUAGGAUGAGCUCCAUGUGCUGAGAAACUAGUUUUGUCUCAUUUUGUCAGCCGCUCAUUCUUCAAACACCAAAGUCCAUAGAGAAAAUAAGCGAUUUUACAUCACAGCACAGAGGAGAUCCACUGGGAUCCAUCAGUAAGUUCAAAUAUAUUAUUUUAUAAAGUUCGGUGUUUGAAUUCCUUUAUUUUGAUUCACUUAAGUAAAAUAAAAGAGAAUGAGGCAGCAGUAGAGCAGCAAUUCCAGUGAAUUGUGAGCUAAAAUCACUGAUUUUCUGAAUGGACUUUGGUGCAUGGAGUUAGUACGGUUCACUAAUUUAACUUUUAAGUUAGUAUUGACUUUUCAUGUCAUAGAACUUCACCUCAUAAAACCUGAACUAUCCCUUUAACAGUUCAUUAUAAAGGAUGUUUUAAAUCCGUUAAAAAACCAUUAAAGUAUUAAAAAUAAAAAAGUUCCAAAGAAAAACCACUGAAAGCCAAAGUGACCUCAGUGCGAGAGAUUAUUUAGCCACUUAAGCUACGACAAUCUGUGUAUUUAAACCUUUCAACGUGUGUCGUAACAUUUCUUAUGGAAAAACAAUAAAGUUUUAUAUAAAUGUAACAAACUCAAAGACAUGAAACUGAAUUAUGAACAAAUAAUAAAUGAAUUUUUGAAUUGGAAAA